CCUAGGUGAUGGAAUACCUGAACUCGUCCGCUUCCCGAGCCAGAGCGCAACGUUACGUGUUCAACCCCCCAAAGAAACUACAUUUCCCAGAAGGCCCUCUGAGUAUCCCGCAGGUUCAGGGGCGAGUCUUCGUAGGAGAGCCGAAUCCAUAGGCUGAGGUGAAAAGUAGGCGGGCCGUCCAGUGGUGGGGCCUAUUUCCGGUGAGGCGGCUGAGGCGCUGCAGAAGCGGAGGCGCUUCUUGGGCUCACGGAGGAAGGAAGCGACAUGGCGGCGGCGUUUAAAAAGGCAGCCAAGUCUCGGCAGCGGGAGCACCGGGAACGAAGCCAGCCUGGCUUUCGAAAACAUCUGGGCUUUCUGGAAAAGAAGAAAGAUUAUAAACUUCGGGCCAAUGACUACCACAAGAAACAGGAGCAGCUCCGAGCCCUGCGCAAGAAGGCCCUGGAGAAAAACCCGGAUGAAUUCUACUUUAAGAUGACACGGGUCCAGCUACAGGAUGGGGUCCACGUGGUCAAGCAGCCUAAAGACGAGGUAACAGCAGAGCAGCUGAAGGUGAUGAAGACGCAGGACAUCAAAUAUGUGGAAAUGAAGAGGGUGGCCGAAGCCAAGAAAAUUGAACAGCUGAAGUCGGAGCUCCACCUGCUGGAGGCCUCAGGGAAGCAGAAGAACCAGCAUGUGUUCUUCUUUGACACCAAGAAGGAAGUGAAAGAGUUCGAUGUCGCCACUCACCUGCAGACGGCCCCCGAGCUUGUGACCAGAGUCUACAACCGGCCCAGGGUAGAGACGUUGAAGAGAGAAGCCGUGAAGGGCGAGACUCGGCGGAGCCACAUCCAGAAGCUAGCUAGAGAGAGGAAAAGGCAAUACAGCCUUCUGAAGCAGCGUAUCGAGAGGGAAAAGGAAUUGUUUGUUAUUGCACAGAAAAUCCAAACACGCAAAGAUCUUCUGGAUAAAACGCCCAGAGUGAAGGUGAAGAAAGAAACAGUCAACUCCCCAGCUAUUUACAAAUUUAAAAGCCAACGAAAACGUUAAAGUUCUCUUGUCCGAGUUUGGUCAUUCUUUAGGCACAAGAAUUCCUUUUUUUAUAAUAAUUUGCGAUUCCUCCAAAUAGGAUUUUCCUCUUUUGAUUACAACAUAGAUGAAGAAAAUGAA